AUGUUGAGCUGCAUCUCAUUGUGUUUCGGCCGACUAUUGACGACAAAUUUUGAAAAAAAAAUGAACAUUCGAGGAAUUUCCCGGGGUCUUUUGCACGUUUCGCGGGUCGCCGGGGUCCGUGGACCCGCUCACGUCACCCGAUUCGCUUUCCCCACACCCGUCUGUGCUCCAUCGCGACUUUCGUCUGUGAGAUGGUUUUCGGGCACCCCCCAGACGAUGGAGAGAAGUGUAGGACAGCCUGGCAACGCCAACAAUGUCACCAACAUCAAUUCCAAGGCUGAGGGUCAGCAGGAGGACCAGGGUGGCGACAAGGAAGGCAAGGAGGGCAACAAGAAGAAGGCCACCGGAAUCAAGGCUCUGGUCCAAAAGUACGGCUGGGUGGCAUUGGGAGUCUAUCUGUCUCUUUCCACCAUCGAUCUGCCCAUCUGCUGGCUCGGAGUUCACUCUGUGGGUCUCGACAAGGUGGUGGAGUGGCAGGUAUACCUCAAGGAGUUGGUUGGAUGGAAGACCACCCCCAAGGAGGAACUUCAGGAGGACAAUGUUGAGGGCAGCGACAUUGCCAACACUGUGACCGGCGCUCUUGCCAUGGUGACUCCCGAUAUCGGGGCUGCUGUCGAGGACCAGAAGGUGGACGAGAAGCUGCCGGAGACCUCUCCCACCGAGUCGUACUGGUUUUCCAAGCAGAUGUGGGCCGAGUUUGCUGUUGCUUAUGCGAUCCACAAGUCUCUGAUUUUCAUCCGACUGCCCAUCACUGCUGCCAUCACCCCCUCUGUUGUCAAGAUUCUCAAGCGAUGGGGCUUCAACAUUGGCAAGAAGAAGCCUGUGGGUCAGUUUGGCGUCUCUCCCAGCCAGCGGCAAAAGUGGUGGAGCUGGUGGUUCUAA